CUGGAGAUACAGUCAGAAUUUUUCGUUCACAUGGCAGCAGCAAACUCGACUCCGCCUGGCUCUUUGGAUCUAAACCAGCCCGGAUUUGCAAAGGAGAUCCUGGGAACUAAGCUGGAGGUCAAAUAUCUCUGCUCCGAUUGCAAGAAUAUACUGAGGAGACCCUUUCAAGCUCAGUGUGGACACCGCUACUGUUCCUAUUGUCUGAAGAAAAUUAUAAGUGCUGGACCUCAAAAGUGUGCCAGCUGUAUUCAGGAAGGAAUAUAUGAAGAAGGAAUUUCUAUUUUGGAAACAAGCUCGGCUUUCCCAGACAACGCAGCUCGUCGGGAGGUGGAGAGUCUGCCUGCUGUCUGUAUUAACAGUGGCUGCACUUGGAAGGGGACUAUCAAAGAAUACGAGAGCUGCCGUGACAGGAGCUGCCCGUUCCCGUUCUUGGGGUGUAGGGGGAUGAUCCAGGAGUGCCCUGAGAGAAACCUCAACCUCAAAAUACUGCAAACUCUUUUCUGCUUUCCUGAUAUUGAGGCUCAUGACGAAGUCUGCCCUGAAUUUCCUCUGACUUGUGAAGGCUGUGGGAAGAAGGUUCCGAGGGAGAAGUUUCGGGACCAUGUGAAGACUUGUGGCAGAUCUAAGGUGCCUUGCAGAUUUAAGGUUGUCGGAUGUGCUGAGGUGGUGGAAAAUGAAAAGCUAUCAGAACACGAAAGCAAGUGUUUGGCGGAGCAUCUCUACAUGUUACUGAGUUUUGUGCUCAGCCUCAAGACUGGGUCUGGAGACUUAAAGCCCCUUCAUGCCCUUUCCUCAUCGCAAAACAGCUCCCCACUACUGGCAGCAAAUUCUCUGUGCUCAGAGUCGGAACUCUCCAGGUCCCUGGAGCUCUUGGGAAGAUGUGAGGCCCUUGAGAGGAAAACGGUGACCUUUGAGAACAUUGUCUGCGUGCUCAACCGGGAGGUGAAAAGGGGUUCUCAAACAGCCGAAGCCUACAGUCGGCAGCAUCGACUAGACCAGGAGAAAAUCGAAACACUGAGUAACAAGGUCCGGCAGCUGGAAAGGAGCAUUGGGCUCAAAGAUCUGGCCAUGGCUGAGAUGGAGGAAAAGAUCCGCAACAUGGAAGCUUCCACCUACGAUGGUAUUUUCAUCUGGAAGAUAACAGAAUUUGCCAGGAAGCGUCAGGAGGCGAUAACAGGCCGCUCUCCUGCCAUCUUCUCUCCAGCUUUCUACACAAGCAAGUACGGCUACAAGAUGUGUCUGCGUGUUUACCUGAACGGGGACGGCACCGGGCGUGGGACCCAUCUGUCCCUCUUCUUUGUGGUGAUGAAAGGACCCAACGACGCGCUUCUGCGGUGGCCCUUCAACCAGAAGGUAACCCUGAUGCUCCUGGAUCAGAGCAACCGGGAGCACAUCAUCGAUGCCUUCCGACCCGACGUGACAUCCUCCUCCUUCCAGCGACCCAUCACUGAGAUGAACAUUGCCAGCGGCUGCCCGCUGUUCUGCCCCGUCUCCGUGAUGGAAGCCAAGAACUCUUACGUGCGUGAUGACGCCAUCUUUAUUAAAGCCAUCGUUGAUCUCACGGGCCUCUAA